AUGGAAGAAGGAAAUCGCACUGUCGUAGUAAUGAAAAAAAUGAACACAGUAGAUUCAAGUUCUAAGCUUUUGGGGUUGCAAUUCUUUCGUUUUCCAUGUGGGUAUAGUGUCAUAUUCGCGAUGAACAAGAAGGCAUUUAUGAAGAUGCGGGGGUUCAUGUGCCAGUCACCGGAGGGAACAGCGUCGUGCAUGAUACCGGACUGCCGGCCGGUGAUUGUGUCACGGAGGUCGGCUGAUCGGACGUUGGUUGAACACGCGAGGUUGUUGAGUAAUACCAAGUACAUUCGACUUGCAGAGCGUCGUGGGUUUGUUGUUCCGACGAGGAGAUCGGCGUCGGCCGCUGAUACUGUUUUGUCAACGGCGGAGAAAGACCGCCAUGAGCGGGUGAAGUUGGACCAAAAUGCCCACCCGUUAUCGACGGCCAACCAGGUGGUAGUGAUGAGGGUUUCCAUUCACUGUCAUGGGUGUGCUGGUAAAAUCAAAAAACAUUUAUCAAAUAUGGAAGGUGUGACGUCGUUUAGCAUAGAUCUGGAGAGCAAGAGGGUAACGGUGAUGGGACACGUGUCGCCAGUGGCUGUAUUGGAAAGCAUAUCAAAGGUGAAGAAAGCUGAGUUUUGGCCUUGCUGAUACCCAAAAGUUAAAUGCAUUGUAUUUUGUAUUUCAUGUUUUUUUUUUAUUUGGUUAGAUAUUUAUUUAUGUAAUGGAAUUAUAUGGUUAUACUUUUAUAAGUUAGCGUAAUGAAAUAGAGUUUUUAUGAUUUAUAUA